AUGACAGAUAAAAGAAUUGACAAAUAUAUUUUUAAUGUAAAAGAUAGAAUUGGGCAAGGAUCUUAUGCUGAAGUUUAUCGAGGAACCAAUGAAAAAACUGGAGAGAAGGUAGCUAUCAAGAUGUUGAGUAAAUCAGUAAUAAAUUCGUAAUUAUUUCUUUCAUUAAUUUAGAGAUGAUUAUUUAAGGGAAGGACUUAUUCAAGAAAUUAAGAUUAUGUAAAAAUUAAAGAGUCCAAAUAUUGUAACUUUAUUGGAUGUCAUGGAAACGAACAAUAAUUAUUAUAUUGUUUAAGAAUACUGUGAUGGAGGCGAUUUUGAUGAGUAAAUAUAUUAAAUACAUUUCAGACUUUUGAAAAAACGAAAAUUACUUUCCGAAAAAGAUGCAAUCAAAUUCUUAGUUGAUGUAUUGAAUGGUUUCACAUAACUUAUAAAAAAUGGUAUUAUUCAUAGAGAUCUUAAACCUGCAAACAUUUUAAUCGACAAAUAAGUAUUUAUAUUAAAAUAACCCAGACAUAUAAAUUGGCUGACUUUGGCUUUGCUAAAUGUGUUGACAAUUUUAAGAAAACUAUGAUGGCAUCCAUGGUUGGAACUCCACUUUACAUGAGUCCUCAAAUUUUAGAUCACAAAAGAUAUAACUCUAAAACUGAUGUUUGGAGUAUAGGAUUCAUUUUUUAUGAAGCCUUAUUUGGAAAGAGUAAGAAUCUUCACACUAUCCAAAAGCACCUUGGACAGCCAGAUCACCUGCUGAACUCUUAAAAAACAUAAGAACCUAGCCUUUAAAAUUUCCUACUGAUAAAAAUUAAGUUUCUUAAGAAACUCAAGAUUUAAUUAUUGGAUGCUUAUAAGCAGAUGAAAACAAGAGAUUAUCUUGGGAAGAAAUCUAUAAGCAUCCUGCUGUAUCCUAAUACUUCACUGUAUUAAAAUUUAAAUGAUAUCUAAGGAUUUUAUUAAAGGCAAUAGUAAAUUAGAAGAUAGAGCUCAAUAUUUAAUUAAUGAUAUUAGAUAAAUGAUAUGCAAAGAGAAAAUAGAUAUCCACAAAUUGUUUGCUGAUUUAGAUAUGUCAAAAGAUAAAGCUCUGGAUGUUAAUGAAUUGGGAAAGUUCUUGAUGAAAGUUGAUAAAGAUAUUACAAGAGAGGAGAUUGAGUAUAUAUUUAAUAAAUUUGAUGAUGAUGGUAACAAUCAAAUCGAAUUUGAGGAAUUCAAAAAAUGGCUUGAAGAUAAUUAAGUAUUCUAAUUAGUAUCUAUUAGAUUAUCACUAAUGGGAAUGCUUAACAAUAAUAAAGAAAUGGAGGAUCUCAUAAAAAAUUAUCAAUCUUACCACAUUAAUUAAAAUCUUAAGGUUCUAUUGAAGAAAGAGCUAAUUAUGUUAUAGAGAAAUUAAAAUUGUCAAUCUAAAAAUAUAAAAUCAAUUUAUUAGAUCUCUUUAAAAAAGUAUCAAAAAUUAUAAAAUUAUCAUAGUUUGAUAAAUCUGCUGAUCAGAGAUUGGAUAAAAAUGAGAUGGGAUUAUUGCUAAAAAGAAUAGAGCCUAAUAUAACUUAAGAAGAAAUAAUUGCUUGUUUUGACUUUUUUGAUGAAAAUGGUGAUGGAGAAAUUACUUUCUAAGAAUUUUAAACAAGUUUAAGUGAAGAAGUAGGAAAAAAAAGAUAAAGCAUAGAUAAUCACUGA